AUGUACCCCUCCUCACGACAACGAGUCCCACCCUCCAUUACGAAGACAGGUAUUCUAGGCUUCUAUACUGGCUGUCAGUCAAAUAUGCCAAUGAAACUCGACGGAAGCUGCCAAUGCGGUGGUGUACAAUUUACACUUGACUCGCAGACGCCAGUCCCGUAUCAACUCUGCGCCUGCAGCAUCUGCCGCAAGGUAGGCGGAUACAGCGGAAGCGUGAACCUGGGAGGAAUUGCCGACUCCCUCAAUGUGCUGCAGGGGAAAGAAUUGAUUAAGUAG